AUCUGGGCGCCCACCCGGCCCGAGGCCACCGCCGUCUCCACCGCCGUCCGCCCUGCCCUCCGAGCCCGGCUCCCGAAGUGCCCGCUCUCCCACCCUCCGCGCUCCCGCGCUCCGUUCCGCCCAGGCCGCGCCCAGCUGGAAUGCAGAGAUCGCCGCCCGGCUACGGCGCACAGGACGACCCGCCAGCCCGCCGCGACUGUGCAUGGGCCCCGGGACCCGGGGCCGCCGCUGAGCCGCGCGGCCUCCCCGCCGCCCCCGCCGCCCUCGCCGCGCCCGCCGCUCCCGCCUCGCCGCCCAGCCCGCAGCGCAGCCCGACGCGAAGCCCCGAGCCGGGGCGCUAUGGCCUCAGCCCCGCCGGCCGCGGGGAGCGCCAGGCUGCCGACGAGUCGCGCAUCCGGCGGCCCAUGAACGCCUUCAUGGUGUGGGCGAAGGACGAGCGCAAGCGGCUGGCGCAGCAGAACCCGGACCUCCACAACGCGGUGCUCAGCAAGAUGCUGGGCAAGGCGUGGAAGGAGCUGAGCGCGGCGGAGAAGCGGCCCUUCGUGGAGGAGGCGGAGCGGCUGCGCGUGCAGCACCUGCGGGACCACCCCAACUACAAGUAUCGGCCGCGCCGCAAGAAGCAGGCGCGCAAGGCCCGGCGGCUGGAGCCCGGCCUCCUGCUCCCGGGCCUGGCGCCCCCCCCGCCGCCGCCGCCGCCGCCGCCGCCGCCGCCGCCGCCGCCCCGGGACCCCGGCGGCGGCUACGGGGCGCCCGCGGCCGAGGCGCUCAGGACCGCGCCCGCUCCCGCCGCGCCGCUCGCCGGCCUCUACUACGGCGCCCUGGCCGCGCCCGCAGCCGGCCCGUUCCCCGGCCCGCUGUCGCCGCCCCCCGAGGCCCCCCCGCCCGAGGGCGCCGAGACGCUGGGGCCCAGCGCCGACCUGUGGGCCGACGUGGACCUCACCGAGUUCGACCAGUACCUCAACUGCGGCCGGACUCGGCCCGACGCCGCCGGGCUCCCGUACCACGUGGCGCUGGCCAAGCUGGGCCCGCGCGCCAUGUCCUGCCCCGAGGAGAGCAGCCUGAUCGCCGCGCUGUCCGACGCCAGCAGCGCCGUCUACUACAGCGCCUGCAUCUCGGGUUGAGCGGCCGCCGCCGCCGCCGCCGCCGCCGCCGCGCGUGCCCGCCCGGCAUCUCUCCAGGGCGCGCGCGUUUCGGCUACUCCCGGGCGCCCUGCGAGGGUGCCUCCCACGUGCCCUGGGGCCUUUCCCGGAAUCCCAGGCCUGGGACCUGUUGGCUGGCCCUGCUAGGGUUAACUCUUUGAAGCGUCUAAUGCUUUCCUUGCAGUGUAUUUUCUAGAAUCAGGCUGUAUUUUUCGCUUUGCCUUUUUUAUACACGUAAUACAACAUAUUUAAUUUUUAAUUAAACUUUUAAACUUUUUCUUCCAAGGGGUUUCACUGACCAAAAGCACCAAUGUAGCAAUAUGAGGAAUACCAGUAUUUGUUUGCUUUAAAGGAGGAGCAGGAUCUGCACCGCCCCCCCCCCCCCCCCCCCCCCCCGAGGCCACAAUAAAGUGACUCGCUCUUUCCUCUGCACACCCGAGUCUGUGGUUGUUGGGGGAAGGGGGAAUGGACCCUGGCCUUGCCGUUUCCCAGAGCCUCCUGGGAGACUGCCCCCCAGCUUGGCCCCCAAAACACCCACCUCUGCAUCCUUCCAGGAUGCUCCUCCCCGGACAGAGUUGGUGGGAGGCAUGAGGUGCAGGCACUCCCCACCCCCGCUUCCAUUCCCCUCCUCUCCCAACCCCCCUUUUUAAUUCGAGCGUAAUAGGGGUUGGCGAUGCCCCCACACCUCCAUCCAUGUUUCAUUAUCCUCAGCUCUUUUAAAACUUUCUUCA